GCCGCUCGGAGCCCGGCCCGGCCCCGGGAGCGCGACAAGCGCCUGGCACGGGAUAAAGUUAUCCCGGAAUAAGGCUGCACGCAUGUGCGUCACCCCGGAUGUGAACAUGCCGGCCCGGCUCCCCGCUAGCUCGCUCCGCCUGGCUCCAGCGGAUGGGCUGAGCCGUGCCGUGCCGAGCCGAGCCGUGCCGAGCCGUGCCCGAGGCCUUGCAGCCCGGUAGGGGCUGGGAGAGGCCCGGCCGCCCGGGCGCCCUCGAGGGCCGAGGUGCGAAAGCCCCUCCCGGCGGGCCAGGGGCAGGUGCGCAGCCCGGGGCGAGCGGCGGGCGGCGCCCCGGGAGCGAUGGAUUUUCGUGGGAAGAAGUACGAGCGCGGCAGUAACUGGUCGGACCCCGAGGUGGUGGAGCUGCUGCAGCUCUGGGCCGACGAGUCGGUGCAGAUAGAGCUGGAGAGCUGCUUGCGCAACCAGCACGUCUUCAACCGCAUCGCCGAGGUGCUGCGGGAGAAGGGCAUCCACCGGACGGGAGACCAGUGCCGGGAGAAGAUCAAGAAGAUGAAGCUGGAGUACCGGCGGAUCAAGGACAAUAGCAAGGCCCCGCGGGGCGGGCGGACGUGGAAGUUCUACGAGGUGAUGGACCGGGUGCUGACCAGCCGGCCGGCCCUGGCCUAUGGCUCCCUGAGCGGCAGCAUGAUGGCUCAGCAGGUGCUGCAGGGCAGCAUGGUGGAGAGCUACCACCACCAGUUCACCUCCUCCGCCUUGCCCUUUGGACACUCCCAGCACCCUGAGCUGAUGGAAAUCAAAUGUGAGGAGGUGAACUCUGAUGAUCACAGCUUGACCCCAGAGCCCCCACAAGCCAUGCCUUACCAGCAGGGCUCCCCUGAAGAACAGGAGAUGGAGAGAGCCUUCUUGGAGAGGGCCCAAAACGACUCUCCCAUCUCCAGGGUGGAGAUUCCCAUUGAAACCAGUGUUUCACCUUCAGGUUUCAGUGAGCCAAACAUGGCAAACUCACCACGGAUCCAGAAUGUUGUUUCCCGGCCUGGCUUCUCUGCCUUGCAUCGGCUGAGAAAGAAGCGGAAAGGGCAGCGCAUGAGGGACCCACUGGAUGAUCUGCUGCUGAAGACUCUGACGUCCCAGCGGGCCAUGGAGGAGCGCUUUCUGCAGAUGGAAGAACGCCGCUUUCAGCGAGAUCUGGACGUGGAGGAGCGCCGGAUGCAGCUGGAGCAGCGCCGCUUUGAACUGGAGAGGGAACAUGAGUUUCGCAUGUUCAAUGUCUUUGCUCAAAUGCUCAGCAUCUUAAAGCAGAGCCAUAGUGGCUCCUCCUCCUCUGUUGCCAUGCCUCAGGGUUUGGACUUCAGCCAGGCACUGUCUGAAAUUGAGGGAAUGGGAGGAAGAGGGAGCAACCUGCAAGAGAUGAGGCUUCAGUCGCUUGCCAAGAGGAGGGUUGACAUGCACAGCUUCUGUAACCCUAGUGGCUUCCAGAGAAGCCCUUACCUCUCUGCUCGUGGCAACUUUGCCAGCGCUUUUCAGGGCUCCACUGAGGAAGGGUACAAUGCCUAUCAUGCUGACAAGUAUGAUGAAGACAAGAACCCCAAUGGUAUAAUAAACUUUGGCACCAGUGAGAACAAGCUCUGCUUUGACCUGAUGUCCAAGCGGCUGACACAGGCUGAUAUGAAUCUGAUGGACCCUUCACUGCUUCAGUAUCCGGACUGGAAAGGACAUCUGUUUUUACGGGAAGAAGUGGCUCGAUUUCUGACCUAUUACUGCAAGGCCCCUGCACCUCUCAAAGCAGAGAAUGUGAUUGUUUUAAAUGGUUGUGGCUCUCUAUUUUCUGCAUUAGCUACAGUCCUUUGUGAUCCAGGGGAAGCUAUUCUGAUUGCUACUCCCUUUUAUGGUGGUAUUACCCAGAGUAUCUUCCUCUAUGGUAAUGUCAAGCUGGUGUAUGUCUAUUUAGACAGUAAGAUUACUGGAACAAGUACUCGGCCUUUUCAGCUUACAGUGGAAAAACUGGAAAAAGCCUUGCAGGAUGCCCGGGCAGAGGGUGUCACUGUAAGGGCCUUAAUUCUUUUGAAUCCCCAAAAUCCCCUUGGGGACAUCUACUCCUUGUCAGAGCUACGGGAUUACCUGGAAUUUGCUAAAAGACAUGAAUUGCAUGUGAUAGUAGAUGAGAUCUACAUGCUGUCAGUUUUUGAUGAAUCAGCCACGUUUCACAGUGUCCUAGGCAUGGACAGAUUGCCUGAUCCACAGCGGACUCACGUGAUGUGGGGCAUAACCAAGGAUUUUGCUGUUUCUGGGAUUCGUUUUGGUACUUUAUAUACAGAGAACCAAGAUGUUGCUAAUGCAGUGGCUUCUUUGUGUUAUUUCCAUGGGGUUUGUGGACCUGUCCAGCACAAGGUUGCGCAGCUGCUUAGAGACAGAGACUGGAUCAACCAGGUGUACCUGAGGGCCAACCAUGCCCGCCUAAAAGCUGCCCAUACAUACGUGACAGAUGAGCUGAAGACACUUGGGGUUCCUUUUCUCAACCGCAAUGCAGGCUUCUUUGUCUGGAUUGAUUUCCGAAAGUACCUUAAGACAGGCACAUUUGAGGAGGAGUUGCUGCUCUGGAAGCGUUUUCUGGAUAAUAAGGUCCUCCUGUCCUGCGGAAAAGCCUUUGAGUGCAAUGAACCUGGAUGGUUCCGCAUCAUCUUUGCUGACAAGACCCAUCGGCUGCAGUUAGGCAUGCAACGGAUACGCAAGGUUUUGGAAGAGCGUGAGCAGGAGAUACUGGCUGAGGAGAAGGAGCAGCCUUGUCAAUCAUAUCAGGAUGGCAAAGCAGAUAGCACAGAUGAAGUCAUUUUUGUAUCCCGCCACCAGGACCCUCUCUGUGCCAGUAACUCCAGCCUUGGUGACCUCAUUGGCCUCCUGCAGCAACAGAUGCGUUCAUCUGACUGGCUACAGAAAAACACAGCCGAGCAGUUUGCCCAGGAAAAGCCAGAGAUCUAUGAUGUGUUCAGCAAACUGGUGGGGAAGCAAUAGGGGUCAGUGUGCCUCCAGGGGCUUUUCUGAGCAGUAACUGACCCUGGGCCCCUAACAACUCAGUAGUGACUUCCAGCAAAUAAUAUAUUUUCUGUAUAGCAAGAAAAUUACUUUGUAGGCCCCCUCCUCUCCCCUCUGUUUGAGAUCUCUGAUUUGUACUAUAUAGCUGUGUUUCCUUGGAUUGGGGUGAGGGUAGGGAAGGGGGGGAUGUCUUGUUUGUGUGCUGCUGCUCUGUGUUCUGCAGCAUCAUUGUAUUUUAUAUUUAAUUAAUUU